AUGGCGGCCUCGCGGGCGUGCACGUGUCGGCUUCUGCUGCUCCUGCUUGUCGUUACGGCUUCCAUCGUCGCCGUGCCGUCGCAGGCGCGCCUCGAGGACCUGGGCACCGACGCCCUGGAGGAAGUGGUGGAGCUGACUGGCGACGGCUUUGACGCCCACGUCUUUCCGAGCGAGGGGAAGCCGCCGUUGCGGCCGUGGUUUAUUUUAUUUUACGCCCCGUGGUGCGCCCACUGCAAGGUGCUCCUGCCACAGUUUGCCAACUCCAGCCGGCUGCUGCGCCAGAGCGGGGUGCCGCACGCGCGGUUCGCCGUGGUGAACGCGGUGAAGCACCGCGAGCUCGCCACCCGCUUUGACGUCCACGAGUACCCCACGUUCAUUUACACGACAGGCAAGCAGGGCCGCUGGCAUCGUUUCCACGGCGGCUACAGCAUGGAAAACUUCGUGCAGUUUGGCGUCUACCUGCAGCGCUCUGUGGAUGCGGGCUCCUUUGCCGACAUCGUCUCCGACCCGCUGCAAUUUCGCCAGGUGGAGACGGAGAUGGCGGAUGGGCGGGUGCCGAUGUUCGUGUACGUGCCGGCGAAGGGCACACCGGCCGCGGGCACGCGACAGGCGGAGGCUCGCGACGCCCCGUGGAACGCCGCCGUCGACGCGGUCGCCUCGUUGGGCAACAUCCGCUUCGGCGUCGUCUACGGGGAUGACGUGCCGAAUGACUGGGAGGCGCGCGGCAGCGCGACGUACGCCGCCGUCGUUGAGGCGGGGCGUCGCUGCAAAGGCACCGGCCCCGGCGGGGAGGUGUUUCUCGCCGCCAGCGACGCGUACCGGCGGCCGCAGUGCUACGAGGAGGGCCCGUGGCUCGUGGACCCCGGCAAGGGCGCGGGGGCCGCGCAGGGGGCGGGGGAGUACGCGCUGCACCCGGCCUUCGAGGCCUUCGUCACGCGUCACGGCUUCCGCGCCGUGGAGGAGAUGACGCCGGGGCUCUUCUCGGUGAUCUCCGGCCGCAACCACCACUACGUGGGCCUCGUCGUCACCGACGGCCCGCUGGCGCAGAACGACACCACGAUGAUGCCUGUCCUGCGGGCGGUGGUGCAGGCGCGCAACGAGGCCCGCGCCGCCGCGGCGGAGGGUCACGAGCCGCUUCGCCACAUUUCGCUGGCGCACGCCGACGGCCGCUCCACCUCCGUCUGGCGCAUGCGCUACCACAUUGAGCCGGAGGAGCUCCCCGCGGUGGUCGUGGUUGACCCGCGGCGGGACAAGGUGUACCGCCUGCGACGCCACGCCCCCCGCUUCGAGGCCAUCAAGGCGCAGCUGCCGUGGCGGCUGGGGGGCGAGCAGCAGGAGAUCCUCGCCGCCUUCCUGGACGACGUCGAGAAGGGCAAGGCGACGGGGGAGAAGAUGACGCUGAUCGGCGACCUGGCGGAGUACGUGCUGCACCUGCCUGGGAUGGAGUUCGUGUACGAGACCCUCGGCUACGAGGACGCGCUCCUGGUCACCAUGGUGUUCGCCUUCGGCUUCUUCUGCUUCCUGCUCUUCCUGGCGCUCGUGGUGGAGCCAAUCAUGGAGAAGCGUAUGGCCUCCCACGCAAAGACAGACUGA